CGCAAACAAAAAUGAACCAACGACCAAAGCUUCUUCUUCAAUCUUCUGACAAGUAUAUGCAAUUUUCUGAAGAGUCUCUUGGAAGGUGUACAAGGUCAACACUGAAUGGACAAUCUUCCUGAGCAAUUCUUAAAAUGAUUCGCUCUGAAAAUCAUGGAUAUCACAAAGAGCUUGAGUUUCCUACUUAUGAUGACCAAGUAAAAGGGGUACCUGGAGAUGGAAGGUGUUUGUUUCGGUCUGUGGUUCAUGGAGCUUGUCUCAGGUCAGGGAAACCAUCUCCAUGUGAGAGCCUUGAAAAAGAACUAGCAGACGAGCUACGAGCUAAGGUAGUAGAUGAAUUUAUUAAGAGGCGCAGGGACACUGAAUGGUUUCUUGAAGAUGAUUUUGACACCUAUGUUGGACAGAUGAGACAGCCCCAUGUUUGGGGAGGGGAGCCUGAGCUGCUUAUGUCCACACACGUUCUAAAGGUGCCAAUCACAGUAUAUAUGCGGGACAGAUAUUCUGGUAGCCUCAAAAUUAUAGCUGAAUAUGGUCAAGAGUAUGGCAAGGAAAAUCCCAUCUGUGUACUGUAUCAUGGGUAUGGACACUAUGAUGCAUUGCAGACUCAGAUUACUGGUUCGCAAUCCAAGCGGUGCAAGAAAAGAUGAACAAAUUGUUUCUUUGUUAACAACGCAGAACGUAAUCCAAUGUGCUGUAAAAUUUCUGGUUGUGUCUGAAGAUUUACCUUAUUCCUUCAUGGAUUUGAAUUAUUCAAUUCUACUCCAAAUGUAAAAAAGUUGAUGAACUGACUAGAUGGAUGUCAAUAAAUAAAUGUCCUUUACUCAGAAAAUUCGAAUGGAUAAGAUAAUUGUCCAUUUGAGAUUCUGUCAUGACCCUGUAACCUGUACGGCUGAAUUCUUGAACCUUAUGCUGGACCUAAGUCGAUUGGUGAUGGAUAUGUAACGCUUGAGCCGAGGACAGGGACUUAGUCUAGCUAAAAUAAGUCUUGCUAAAAUUUCCAUUGGCGUAUGGAUUCAUCUAUAAAAUUCUUGAAAAUGUUAUCUAUUUUCUUUUCA